CAGACUACCGGUCCACGUGCUCUCAACUUCCUGGCAGCUAACUACCUUCAGUUCCAAUCGAAUUCCAUUUUUAUCACUUCGCCCAAAGACGUUACUUCAAUAACGCAUUCCGCCGGUCGCUCCAAAGCCUCUCUAUUCACACAUCGUACUUCCAUCGAUAACCACACACAUAUCUUAACACUCAAUACUUCAGACGUCUGAGCGACAUGGCACCUGCGACGUCCGUCCCGCCUGCGCUCCCUCCCUCGGUGGAGGAGGCCUACCGGCGAAAGUGCAUCCAGCUGAAGCAGCGGACGAGCGAAGUCGAAGAUGCCAACGAUGCCGCCAGACUGCGCCUUGCGCGCCUCAAGCGUCAGGUUGAGAAGAUGCGGUUAGAGCGUGCCUUCCUGCUCGAGCAGCUCGCCAAGCGGACAAGCACAAACGUGGAGGAUUCGGACGGCAGCCCGAGCCCACCGCCGACACAACGGCCCCCCUCCACGAGGACACCAACCGUUGACACCACCGCUCCGCCACCACAGCCCAAGGAGAAGCCGUUGCGUAUCAAGAGAGGCCACCGCAAGCCAUCGGCGUUUCCCGGCCUCGAUGCCCCCUCCUCUGUCAACGCCGGCACCCCGGGCUCGACCUUCAUCAGCCAGAACCUGCUUGUGCACUCGCCCAGCUCGGACGCCUUCUCCGCCGCGGCGGGGAGCACGACCAACGGCGUGCACCGGGGCGCCCCCAAGAGGCCCGGCAGCGCAUUCGAUCUCUACUGCGCCGAAGCCGGGCCAUCCGUGAAGGACAAGGCCAAGGAAGGGGACAACGUAGAAGAGGAGCUAUCCCGCCGCUGGAAGGAGCUGCCCGACAGCCGGCGUGACGAGUACCAGACGCGCGCCGACGAUCAGAUGGCUGAGUACGAACAGGAGAAGGACGCAUAUGACGAGGCAAAAGCACAAGAACAAGAAGCUAGCGCCAAGGUAGACAGCAACAAGGCCGAAUCAACCGAGUCAGACCGGCCAGCCGGGGCCGGAGGAGAGGGGAGGAGUACGUCACGGCAACAGGACGACGUCGACAUGACAAACUACGACACGGACCAGGAGACACAAGGGGAGCGGCUCGAGGAGUAG